UUUUACUUCAUCCACGUAACAAAUACUUGUAUUUAUGUAUUGUUUUAAAGUUAAAAACAGACGAUCGAAAAUAAUAAAAAAGAUGAAUAUAAAGUUUGAAAAAUAAACAAAAAUAAAAAAAUGGGUAGCUAGAGAAGGCUUGAGCAUCAGCAUCAGCAGCAGAAGCAGCGAGCAGCAAGAAUGAGUUUUUCUGGUUCAGUGAGCAAAGCAGCAGUACCCUCUUCCUCCUCAUCACCCAACUCUUCCACUGAGUCGCUUGAUGGGUUGAAAUUUGGCCAGAAAAUCUACUUUGAGGAUGUGAGUGUUGGAGCUGCUGCAACCACUCAAGGGGCCAAAACAAGUGGUGGGGUUUCUUCUUCUUCUUCUUCUUCAAAGAAGGGAAGGGGUGGUUCAGUGCAACCGGCUCAGCCUCCUAGAUGUCAGGUUCAGGGCUGCAAUGCAGAUCUGAGUGGAGCUAAGGCUUACUAUUCUAGGCACAAAGUUUGUGCCAUGCACUCCAAGUCUCCAACGGUCAUUGUGGCUGGUCUGGAACAGAGGUUUUGCCAACAGUGUAGCAGGUUACCCUCUUUCUCUCUCUUUGUU